UGGGCCCAUUGGCCGGGAACAGCAUGCAGCGCCUGCUGGUACGUACCUAUAUCUUGAGCCCGCGAGAAGGCCAAAAGCGUGCCCGACAUCCUCCAUCGUCAACCUGCUCCUCCCAGUGGCGCUGCUUUCGCCUCACUGUUCAAGAUGCGCUCGUUCCUCGUCCUCGCCGCCGCCACCGCGCCGCUUGCCCACGCCGUCCGCGUCGUCCAGUCAAACGACGAUGGCUGGGCCGAAGGCAACCUGCGCACCUUUUUCAAUGUCCUGGUAGCUGCAGGCCAUGACGUGGUGCUGUCUGGACCGGCCGAGAACGAGUCUGGCAAAGGCUCGAGCGAUGCACCGCCCACGGUCGUCGGGAGCGAGGGCUGCAUCUACAACUCGUGUGCGCCCGGAAGCCCCCCGACAGGCGCCAACACGACGGACCCUCGUCUCAACUACGUCAACUCGUUUCCCGUGACCUCUAUCAAAAACGGCAUCGAGGUGACGGCGCCCGCUCUCUGGAACGGCGCCAAGCCCGAACUCGCCCUUACCGGUCCGAACGUGGGAACCAAUCUCGACGUCCAGCUGCCCUUCUCUGGCACCGUGGGCGCCGCCGUCUUUGCCGUCGACCAGCAGAUCCCCGCCAUCGCCUUCUCUGGAAGGAACGGCGAGCGCGCCUCAUUUACUGCUCCCACGCCGCUCCACUCGACCAUCUACGCCGACCUCGCCCUCAACAUCACCACCACCAUCAUCGCCAGCGGAAAGCCCUACCUGCCAGCAGGCACCUUUCUCAACGUCAACUUCCCCAAGGCCGAGCAGGGCAAAUGCGACGACCCCAACAAGUUCAAGUACAUCUUUACCCGCAUCUCCACCGGACUCCUCAGUCCCCGCGAUGCCGACUGGUGCGGCAGUACACGUCUGCCAUGGGAGGCCGACGUCAUCCUGUUCAAGGGCGACGGCUGCUACGUUUCCAUCAGCCCGGGCGAUGCCAAGGACAAGACGACGGUCAACGAUGUCGCUGUCCAGACGCAGAUUAUCAACAAGCUCAAGCCGAUUCUGUCGUGCUUGCCGUAGGCGUUUCCAACGGUAUGGAAUUGACAUGUAUACUACUCAUAAAGGAUUUUUAUUUAUUUAUUUCAAUCUGUGUGAUAUGUA